CAGUUAAUUAUCAAGUCAGGUCAGGCACACAAGUAGGCUCAUCCCAAAGUUCAUUUUUCUUUCAUUCCACAGCCUCACAUUCAUCUCAAAAAAUGGACAUUAAAGUACUUCAUCCAACUAACCAUAUAAUGCCAGCGACUGAAGAGGUAGCAAUAGCAGAAGCAACUAGUGCUACAAGUAUGACGGAGACUUUAGGAACCAUUAUAGUGCCUGAAGAAGUAGAUGCUGCGGAUGAGGAUAAGGACAAGCUUCCUCCAAAUGGACCCUUUCAGGGCGAUGGCGCAGAUCCAUCUCAAGCAGCAGUGCUGAUCCCUGCAAGAUCAACGCUUGCUUGGAUGACCUACACUAUCUCGCUCAAUUACAAUCGCCUUGCUACAUCGGUUUUAUCCCCAGUAACUCAUUGGCAUUGGCAUGAUCCCAUCCCUCACAGCAGUCUCAUCCUUGGUGCUGUUCCAUCCUCUCAUCUUCUCCGCCAACUCCGGCAGUAUCAUCAAGUCGGAGGUAUUGUUAAUAUGUGUGCCGAGUUUGAGGGAUAUCUCAAGGCUAUGCAAGAACUGGAUCUGGUUCAAUGUUGGGUUCCAACCCUAGACUUUCAUACUCCUACGGUCGAAAGCAUCUGGAUCGGAGUUCGAUUUAUUGAAAAAUAUGAAAAGCAGUGGGUACAGAAUAUCAAACUUGAAAGCAACCAUAGACGAAUAUAUUUGCAUUGCAAAGCUGGUAGAGGAAGGAGCGCAACAGUAGCUCUGUGCUGGUUAGUAUUUUCGUACAAGCUGACACCUCUCCAGGCGCAACAUGUCCUUUUAAAGGCUCGGGCACAGGUGGACAAGAACAUCUACCUGCACCCUGAGGUUAUUUCUUUUGACGAGCAAGUUAAAGAUCUCGAGAAGGAGAGCAUUAUCACACGAAAAGAAUGGCCAGGGCAUUAGUUGGGCUAGAGUUAGGCGCCGAGCAGCAAUUAGAUAGGAAGAUCGUCUUUUUUUGCUUCAUCCCUUUGUAAAAAAAAA